AUGUUUAGCCCGACGCUGAGGCGAUCACUGCUGGGAACGGCGCUCGCGCUCUUAGCACUCUCCGGCUAUUUCUUUACCCAAACAUUACGAGAACCCAGAACUGCACGGCUCAAUCAACCAUUCCAAUACAAUAUCAAGUCCUGCAAUGAAAUGCGAUCCGAUAUACAACGGUGGCGAGAAGAAUCGCAGAUACUGAAAAUCGUUGGUCUUGUGUUCUAUGGUAGACGUCAACAAGCCUCUAUUUUAGACUGUUAUCUCAAGGUAGGCAAAAAUAUCAUCAAUCGAACCAGUAAAGGCUUGGUUUAUCAUCCUGUUAAUCCUGAUGCACAGCGUAACCUUGCAAAAAACGGUGGACUCCUCGACGAGGUUAUCUGGCUGCAACGGACCCAUGAUCGAGCGGACUUGGCCUUCCUUGAUAGGCUCAUCAACUCCGAGCCGGACUACAAACGAGUAAAAGUGAAGAUUACUGAAAAGGCCUUUGCAAGCGCAUACGAUACUAUUGAAGACGACAUACUAUAUAUCAAGGUGGACACUGACAUCGUUUUUAUUGAAGACACUACAAUCAUGUCCAUGGUUCACACUAGGGCUACACGGCCGGACUAUUUUCUUGUUGGAGCCAAUAUUAUCAAUCAGCCUCUUAGCAGCUGGUUGCAUUGGGGACUGGGAGCAGUACACCCGUAUUUGCCAGAGAAUAAGACCUUUUACCCCGAGAAUAUUGACAGACAUGGCCCGCAAGUAGUCAACUGGCGCGCCUCUCUACUACCCAAAUGGAGCGGACCUGAUGACUUCAAUGUUACUGAAUGGUCUCCUCCAGAGGGUCGAAAGCAUCGAUGGCUGCCGGUCUUGCACAAAAACCAUCAUGUCUUGGAUAAAACACCAAUAGCUUCAACAACGUACAGCGCUUACACAAGUAGCGGCUGGUGGAAUUGGGCAGUUGGCGCACAGCAGCAUUACAGUUUUUUCCAGAACAUGGAGAGAGAUGAGCUAUGGCGAUAUCGGUUUCACACUUGGGAUUAUCAAGACCUGCGAAUGGGUAUCCAAUUAAUCGCGAUUACCGGCAGAGAUAUCAAUGCUGUUAAGCCGAUCGGUCAGGAUGAUGAAGACUACUUUGCGGUGAAGAUGCCGCGGAAAUUGGGACGUCUUGUGGUGGCUGCCGGAGGAGGUGUAGCGGCCCAUUUUAGCUUUGAUGAGCAGAAAGUCGGUAUGGCUAAGACUGACAUCUUGGAUAGAUAUCGCUCGUAUGCUCAGGAACAUGUAUGCAAGGGGAGGAUGUUGUGGACAUCUGAGGAGGACGAUGAUGUGCAAUAUCUUCAGCCUUGA